AACACACAACCAGCUCAGUCAUAACUGUGGGAUGAUAAGGACUACCUCUUUUUACUUUUGGAGAGAGCCAAGCCGUUAGGAGAGCAUUCAGCAUCAGCUGUUCAACACUGGUUUCUCAUUGCUGGAAGUCGGGGCUGAAUCAGUCACAUGACAGAACUGGAGGCAGAGAUCUAGAGAAAAGGCACAGCAUUUCGGCUUGCACCGCCAUACUGUAUUUUGAGCCAUAUCACAUUUUUAUUGCAACAUUUUACUCCCGCUCGGUGAGUACAUUUCCAAUGGCUUUUUUGUAAGCAUUUUUUGUCUUUUUAAUUGCCCCCUUUUUUAUUUUUCCUCCUUUUGCUGGUGUUUGAAUUGAGCAUUGACAUGGUGGUUUUGAGCGUUUUUCACAUCCAGGCUUCAAGUUUUUAGCAUGCAGUUAUUCUGAUCGAGAGUGCCAAGAGGGUAAUCGGUGCGGUAUCGGUCUUGAGAAAGCCUUGACUUGCUUGCAGUUUUGUUUCGAGGGUCGAAACCAAGCAGCUUUUGUCAGUAUUGAGAUUUUUCAAACAAUUUAUUGGUGGUUUUGAAACAUUUUUAUUUUUUUGUUUCUGUCGACUUUUGCUGUUGCUAUGCUUUGGUUUGCAUUUUGCAGUGUUGUUUGUUGCCUUCGAGUUUUGUGAUUUUGAUGUGUCGGUGGAUCUCACCGAUCAAACCCUUUGCUUUUACUUUGUUCCUCUUUUCUUUAUAAAAAAGGAGUCAUUUUUAAAGCCCGGUGACGUUUUAACGUGCUACUUUUCUUGCAGCUGAGCUCACAGGUUUGUUGUUUUUGUGUUUCUCUCUUUUUUCGAUUUCAUUAUACUUUUGCUGGUGGCAGUGUCAAGUAUUUUUGGAUGUUUUUGACUAGAUGAUGCUGGGUGGACGAGGGGAGUUUUGAUUCUUGGGGGAGUUUCAAUGCGUUUUUGUUUUCUGUAUCAACGAGGAUGAACAGACAUUUUCCCUUCUGCAGGAGGGCUACUGGAGGAGAAUGACUGGUAAACUCCAAACCAGCAACGUGACCAACAAGAAUGACCCACGCUCCCUAAACUCCAGAGUCUUUAUCGGCAACCUCAACACAGCCAUCGUUAAGAAGACCGACAUAGAGGUCAUCUUCGCCAAGUAUGGCAAGAUAGUGGGUUGCUCCGUGCACAAAGGUUACGCCUUCGUACAGUAUUUGAACGAGAGGAACGCCCGAGCAGCUGUGGCGGGAGAAAACGCUCGUAUCAUCGCUGGACAGCCUCUUGAUAUAAACAUGGCAGGUGAGCCCAAGCCAUACAGGCCCAAAGCCGGCUCCAAACGGCCGCUCUCAGCUGUUUACAGCGGUUAUGAGUUUGAUUAUGAGUACUACAGAGAUGAUUUCUACAGCAGGCUUUUUGACUACAGAGUGGCCCCCCCACCGAGAGCCGUGAUCCCCGUCAAACGCUCCAGGGUGCUGGCUCCCUCCUCCCGCCGCGGGAAGACCUCCUUCCCCAUCAAGACAUCCUCCUCUUCCUCCUCUUCAUCCUCCAGACCUCCCACAUCCUCCUCCGGGCUCAAACCGGUGAAGACGGACCAGCUUCAGACUAUUAAACGGGAGCUCACUCAGAUCAAGAUGAAGAUCGACUCCUUGCUGGGACGCCUGGAGAAGAUCGAGAAGCAGCAGAGAGCCGAGUCCGAGGCUCAGAGAAAGUACGAGGACAACUGCGACUCCCUGCAUGAGGAGUCCGUGUCAGAGACGGCGGAAAACUCCGGGGAGGAGGGCGCCGAGGGAGCGCUGGACGUGGAGGCGGGAGAGAUGACCGAUGGAGGCGAGGACGACUACGACGAGGAGGGCAGCCACCAUCUGAUAGAGAACCACGUAUCGGAUAUUGACAACUGAGACCAGGGUGAGGCAGCAGACACCCCCUCCGGUCGGAGGUAUUAGAAUUCAUCAUCACCUUCCAGAGACAGAAAAGGAUCUCGGAGGGAUCAAGACUCUCAUUCUGGACUGUAAGUUGUGUUCAAGAGAUGCCUAAAUCACAUUUAGAUGCCCAACUGCACAGCACAAACCCAACGUGAUGUGCUCUCUAAAGAAAAUGUAUUCAAGACCCAUUUUAAUGCAUUGGCCUGAGUUCACCUCAUGGAUAUUCUGUGCUACUUAUAUUUCAUUGCAAAAAAGGCUGAAAAAAAAAAAACAUAAAGGGAAGAAAAGGCUUUUGCUCAGAUUUAUACAUUGAAUUAGGUCGAAAGGAGGGUACGUGACAUUGUUGAACCACUGCUGCUUUUAUGAAAUGUGUUUGCGCUGUAAUUUCACUUCUGUUGUUUCUCAAAAGCCCAAAUGAAUGAAGGACAGUCGGAGCAUUCUGCAGUACAAUAUUCACAAAAUGAAUGAAACAUCGGUGCCGUCUAGUUCGGAUUUGACUCAUGCAUAAGCCAAUAGCUGCGAGCAUAACUUUAUCCAGCUUUAUCCAUUUAUCACACAAAUGCCCUGUGGGGCUGUUCCAUCAUAUAUUCCAACUCCUGCCAAGUUGCAGAAGCAGAAAGGGCUUCCUGUGGUAGAGAGCCAACGCUGGCACAGGCCUCCUGCCAGGGAGCAAUGCCCUAACGUCUCAAUGCACUCCUCCCUGCUCAGUCUGUGCAUCCCAACAUGGACUGCUGCUGUUCAGGAGCCAACGCCCUUUCUCCUUCUCCUUCUGCUCUCCCAUCUCCUUCUGCAUUCUGCAGCCAUUCUGUCUCAUGUAGGCAGGAGAGCAAGGCAAGGUUUUUCUUAAAUUAUAGAUUGGGAUGCCUUUAUAUUAUGGAAGUGUGUGAUCUGUGAUUCAGAUGGAAUAUUCAAACAUGAUACAAUGGCUAAAGCUGCCUGAGAACAACCAUAAUAAAUGGUAACAAACUCUGUUACUCUUUUAAUAAGAAUUUAAAAAGAAUUUUAAACUGUGGUCAGAUGAAGCCGAACUGGCCACAACUGGACGAUUUUUCAACUCAUUUGGUGCCGUUUACUAACAUGAUGAUGUACAUGAUUUCUACCAGUUUCAGUGUGUUUACAGUGCUGCCAUGUGGAGCUGCCAACAUGCAAAAACCUCAGAUGCAGCUUGAGCUUCAGCUUAGCGAUUUUAAUUAACCUGAUUAUAAAUAAAUUGCUGCAAAGGGAAUUGUGACACCAGUGACUGGAUGUCACCAUGUUCUACUGUUAAUUAUUUGCAUCGUGUUUGCUCUUUUUUUUUUCCCAAUAUGGAACAGUGUAUAUUUAUUCCAGACAAACACUACGCUUACAUGCACAAAAUAUUCAGUUUUUUGCCCUUAUUCUGAAAAGACAAUAUUCCUACUAAACUGUAAGAACUAAUUGGCAAAUGCGUAUAAUUCUAGGACCUAUCGGUUUGUUUUUUGAUUUCCAUGGGGCUUAAUCAAGAAGUGCAGCUCAAAAUGCCUCUGAACAAACAUAGAACCUAUCAGAGCAACGAAGCUUUGAGCAACAUGUGCAAGUUGGAAAAAAAAUAACAUGGGCUCAUGGGACCAGAGCAAAUAAAUAUGAGCUUGGCAGAUUCCACUGUUUUCCAGGCUUACUAAAUUGUUUACAUGGCUAAUAAAAUAAUUAAUAUUCCAUUAACUCUUGUUUACAUACAGCCAUGUGAAAUAGGAUUUUUUUUUUUUUUUUUUUCACCAGUGGUGGACCUCUUUCAUUCCUGCAACCACCUUCUUAAAAAGGUCAGCGUUGCGAUAUUUAUGCAAAAAAACUGUUGAUAUCAAAGUCCUUCAUAAUUUUGUUUAGGUUUUUCCUUCUGACCAGAGAUGUGGGCUUUUCUUUUGGGUAUGCACCUCUACCCCAAUCCUGCAAACUGUUGGCUUGUUGGUUUGUGUACAACAACAACAACAACGCACAGAGAUGACCGUAAACAGGCACCAGGCCAUAAAGUGUCAGAACUGUAGUAAAAACCUCAAUUGAUGCACGUUCCAAAUGUUCUGUAAAUACAGUCAUGGAAAAACAUAUUAGACCACCCUUGUUUUCUUCAAUAUCUUGUUCAUUUUAAUGCC